CACCACCUCGGCUCCUCCUCCCGAUGCCAAACGAGGCCUCCCGGCUCCCCCCGACCCUUUUCCUCCCCUGUUCUCUAGAUCGCGACGGAACCGAGCUCCCCCUCCUGCCGAAGCGAAGCGGAGUGAGCAAUCGGGACCCGGCGCGCGAUCUGAUCGGCCCCACGGCUCCGACGACCGGGGCAAUGCUGCGUGGAUCGAGCUGCAGCUGCUGCUGAUCACGGUUUUGAUAUUGGCUUCUUUUGGUUGCUGCAAGCUUUGGAUGAAGUUUGUACUUAUCUAUGGAAGUGGAUGGCUCAAACAGUGCCCUAGUUAAUAAAAGUGAAGAGAAUGACUUUGAAAAGAAGGGCAGUUCUGAUCCUGUGGUUUAUCAGCUAGUUCGGGUUGAAGGCGAUGGAACACUUGUUCCUGCUACAGAGGAUGAUGUUUUGGAAUUUGAACAUUUUCUUCAGGAUGAGAAGGUUAAUUUUCCUUCUAUUGAAGAUGUAGGGCAUGUGGAAGAGUUUUUCAGCAACGAUUGUAUCUUGCUGAAGAAGUCAGACUUGGAAGAUGGCUCUUCCAAAGUGAAGACUUUAGAACUGCACACACAAAAAAUGGGGACUGACUUAGAGGAAAACAGGUUGGAUGGUUCCCUUGGUCCUCCCUCAAAUUCUGGAGUUCUUCAUGGUCAGCAGCCAGAUAAAUUUCUUGCAGAACAAGGGGACAGCAACAUCGCUCAACAGGACAAUGCUUCAACUGAGACUGCAAAACCAAUAGUGUUGAAUGACUCUUGCAGUGCUGAAAAGGACAAGGCUGAUGCCUGCUCAAGACCUGUAGACGACACAUCUACAGAACCAUCUGUUUCUGGAGUUACUAGUUAUGUGCCUGAUUUUUCAAUAUUAAGAGGAGAGGUCUGUUUGGAUGAUCUUACUAUUAGAGAACUUCAGGAGGCAUUUAGAGCCACAUUUGGGCGUCAGACUACUGUCAAGGACAAGAUAUGGCUCAAAAGAAGGAUUACAAUGGGCUUAACCAAUUCCUGUGAUGUUCCAAGUUCCGGCUGUGUAGUUAAAGACUAUAAAAUUGUUGGAAAGGAUGUCAGACAAGAGGUAUCAAACACAGGUGGAAUACCUAAGAUUGGACUUCAAUCUACUCUGGUUAGGGAUCAAGUCACAUAUCCAGGAAACGAAGGGGACUCACCAUCUAGCUCUUACUAUCAGAGUGAGGACCAACAAGGAUCUUCCAAGAGGUUCAAAAGAGUACCAAUACAUAAUGAUGAACCGCAAGGAAAUCUCCUUGCCGGACAAUGCACUAACAAGAGAACUAGAAAGCCAACAAAAAGAUACAUAGAGGAGCUUUCAGACAUUGAAACUCACGAGUCCACUGGAAAACUUUCUUCACCAGCAAAAAGGACUGCACAUGAUGAAGUGUUGCUGAAACCGCGGGCAGCACCUUUCCAUGAGCUUGAGUCUCUCAGCACGAUCUAUCCUACUAGAAAAGAUACUCUUGGAGGAUUUAGUGUGCAUGUUCCUUAUGUUUCAAGGAUGAGGAGGGGGCGCCCUAGGAAGGACUUCAUUUCAUUUGUGGAUAAGGAACCUUCUGUUCAAUGUAAUGUUCAGACAACAGUUGGGAUGUUGUCAAAAGAGUGCGAAGAGGGGAACCAUGUGAGGAAAGCAUCUGAAGUUCCACCAACAGUAAAUCCGGAGAGAGGACAUUUAGAGGCAGUUGAUAGGAAGGGGGUUCAAAACCUACAAGCAAACGUUUACAAAGCUGCUUCCAAGCCCAAAAUAAAACGGGGUUUGACGCGGAAGCAUCAUCGAGCAUGGACACUGUGUGAAGUCGUGAAGCUGGUUGAUGGUGUGGCCCGGUAUGGAGCUGGCAAGUGGUCUGAGAUUAGGAAAUUAUCCUUUUCCUCAUAUUCUUACCGCACUUCAGUGGAUCUCAAGGACAAAUGGCGGAACCUGAUCAGAGCGACCCAGACACAGCUUCCUGCACAAAAAGAUGGUGUGUGUCCACGGAAGAUUAACCCUUCUAUCAUACCUAUACCACCAUCCAUUUUGUUGCGAGUGAAGGAGCUAAAUGAGCUGCAGUCGCAAGGGGGCGGCUUCACAGCGCCAGUCAAGUUCUCCGGGCAGAACAGCAAGGUUGUACAGGGAAAAGGGCUAGGUUUUUUGUGAUACGUGUCAUGUAGAUAUAGGGGGAAAAGGAAGUUAGAUAGCUGUACGCGUUUGGACGAUGAAGGAUGAGUACAUAUUUACAACUUAGUAAAGCCACGUUAUCAUCUUCAAAAUGUUCUCUACACGCGCACCAUGUAUAAUCAGAUGCCCAGAAAAUAUUGCUGUAUCUUACUUGUGUAAAGGGCAGGCGGCUCUGUUGCCGUGUAACAAGCAGAGGUUAACGAACA